CACAGGGAGUGAAGUUGUGUUGAUUCUCUGUCCUAGACGCUCGUGUGGGAAACAGCAAACUUAGAACCCUCUUUACCAAGUUUGGACUAUACUGCGGAAAACCAUGUGAGUUUAAACUGGUGAGGCUGAAAAUCUUUUGGAUCUAAGCGUGAUACAGUGAACAGUUUGAGUUUGAGUUCGAGUUUGGCUCUGACACGUCUGCUCAGGCUGCUGAAAGUGAAAGUGAAGCUGCAGAAAGAGCCUCAAGAGAAAAGAGACUUCACUGCAGAGAAUAAAUGGCUUCUAAACUAGAAGAGGAUCUCACUUGUGCUGUGUGCUGUGACAUCUACAAAGAUCCUGUCCUGUUGACCUGCUGUCACAGUGUGUGUAAAGCCUGUCUGCAGCAGUUCUGGGAGAGCAAAGGACACAGAGAAUGUCCCUACUGCAGGAGGAAGUGCUCAAAGGAACUAUAUCCUCGUAACUUUGCAUUAAGGAACUUGUGUGAGACGUUCGUACAGGAGAGAAAUCAGAAAGAUUCUGAGGUGCUCUGCAGUCUGCACAGUGAGAAACUCAAGCUCUUCUGUCUGGAGGACCAACAGCCUGUGUGUGUGGUGUGUAGAGACUCUAGAAAACAUAAAAAUCACAACUUCAGUCCCAUAGAUGAAGCAGCACAGGACCGUAAGGAGGAGCUCAAGAUCAAACUGCAGCCUUUACAGAAGAAACUGAAGACCUUUGAAGAAGUUAAACUCAUCUGUGACCAAACAGCAGCACAUAUGAAGACACAAGCCCAACACACGGAGAAGCAGAUCAAGCAAGAAUUUGAGAAGCUUCACAAGUUUCUACGAGAUGAAGAGGCAGUCAGGAUAGCUGCAGUGAAGAAGGAAGAGAAGCUGAAGAGUCAGAUGAUGAAGGAGAAGAUUGAGAAGAUGAGCAGAGAGAUCUCAUCUCUUUCAGACUCAAUCAGAGCCAUAGAGAAGGAGAUGGGAGUUGAUGACAUCACAUUCCUGCAGAGCUACAAGAGCACAGUAGAAAGAGCCCAGUGCACACUGCAGGAUCCAGAGAGGGUUUCAGGAGCUCUGAUCAAUGUGGCAAAGCACCUGGGCAACCUGAAGUUCAGAGUCUGGGAGAAGAUGCAGGAGACUGUUCAGUACACUCCUGUGACUCUGGAUCCCAACACUGCAAGCUCACGACUCAUCCUGUCUGAGGAUCUGACCAGUGUGAGAUAUGAUGAUGAGAAGCAGCAGCUUCCUGAUAACCCAGAGAGAUUUGAUAAGUAUACCAGUGUCCUGGGCUCUGAGGGCUUUAACUCAGGGACUCACUGCUGGGAUGUGGAGGUUGGAGAGAACACAUGGUGGAUUGUGGGUGUGAUAUCAGAGUCUCUCCAGAGGAAGGGAAAUUAUCUCUCCAUGAGUGGACGGUGGAGUGUGUGGUACAAAGAUGGUGCUGCAUAUGGAGCACUUGCUCCUCCUCAUGCCUCCACUCGCCUCACAGUGCAGCAGAAACUCCAGAGGAUCAGCGUGCAGCUGGACUGGGACAGAGGAAAGCUGUCGUUCUCUGACCCUGAUAAUAACACACACCUACACACUUUCACACACACGUUCACUGAGAGAGUGUUUCCAUACUUUUGGACUAACAGAAAUGUCCCUCUGCGGAUGUUACCAGUGAAGGCCUCAGUAAGAGUAGAGCAGCACAGUUAGAGCUGAUACUGACUCUGAACCAGGGAUGACAUACUGAGAGGAGACUAUGAAGAAACAAGGCCAUUUAAUAAACAGUAAAAAAAUAUGUCUCAUUGUGUGGAUAUAAAUGUUAAAGGUAUGCUAAUGCCCACUUCAUUUAACUUGCUGUAUAUACUGCACUCUGCCUAGUUUAGUUUGUAUAGCCUACCACAGUAAUAUU